UGUUGGCCAGUAAUGAAGAAGUUGUGGCUGCAUCAUGUGCCGAUGUUAUCGUUAAAGAAAAACAUGAACCCCGUGAAAAGCGUCCUAUUUUUCUCGAAUACAUUGAUAGUUGCCGAGCUGUGGAAGGUUACCCGAUAAAAUUGGAAGCAAGAGUGGCUGCACACCCAAAGCCAACGAUUGAAUGGUAUCACGAUGGCGAAAAAAUUGAAUCCGAUCAAGACCAUGUGAAAAUUGUUCAAAAAGAAGAUGGUACGACUAGCUGUUUAAUCGACACCGUUCGAAUGUGUGAUCGCGGCGAGUAUAAAAUAAUUGCAAAAAACAAUCUUGGAAAAGCUUUUACGAGUGGCUAUUUAGCCGUAUCAUCUCAAGCAACCGGUCGCGAACCACGAAAAGAAAAACCCGACUUCGUUGUUGAUUUAUUCGAUCGAAAUGUCAAAGAGGGUACUCCAUUAUCACUUGAUGUAAAAAUAGCAUCAUACGCUGAGCCAGAAAUAAAAUGGUUACACGAUGGGGAACAAAUUUUACCAGACAAUAAACAUAUAAUAAUUUCACAAAAACCUGACGGUAGUUCUUCUUUGAAAAUUGAUAAAGUAAAAUCAAAAGAUGCCGGGGAAUAUAUUGUAAUAUGUGCCAAUGAGAUCGGUGCCGCUACAUCUAAGGCAACAAUUAAAGUUUUACCUGAGGCCAACGAUAAUGACGAUUAUAUUGAAACAAAACCACGGUUCAUAGUUAAAUUAGAGGAUCAAGAUGUACAAAAAGGGCAAACUCUUGAAUUGGAAGCAAAAAUUAAUCCAUGUGUAGAAGAAGUAAAAUGGUUGCACGAUGAAAAAGAAAUUCUUGAUAAUGGAGACCGAAUCAAAAUAUCUACCGAUGCAGAUGGAGUAUCGAAAUUAUCAAUUCACGACAUUGUUCCAGAAGAUGGAGGAGAUUAUAGAGUUGUUGCUUCAAAUCAGCAAGGUCGAGCUUCGUCAAGCGCUUCGUUGAAGAUCGAGAACGCUCAAGUUACGGAUAGUUCUGUGUAUAAGGUAUAUGCCAAAAAUGAACAUGGCGAAGCAUCUUCCAAAGCUAAUGUUCAAGUGCUCGAUUCAGAAUCUAAACCAUCAUUUUCGAAGAAAUUAAUUUCUUGCGCCGCACCUGAAAAUUCUCCAGUGUCUUUUGAAGUCAAAGUUUCCGGACACCCCAAACCACGGCUUCAGUGGUACCAUAACGAUGAGGAAAUAGACUCAGAUGAUGACAAUAUCACUUUGGUUAAAAACACAGAUGGAACGGCAGCACUUGCCAUAGGAAGUGUUACGGCCUACAACUCGGGAACAUAUAAAGUAUGCGCUUCGAAUAAAUACGGAGUUGUGGAAUCGGAAGCCGAGUUAACUGUCCUUGUGAAACCUAAAUUUGAAAAGGCAUUGGAAGAUAUUGAAGUUGUGGAGGGUUUGGAAGCUAAAUUUGAAAUAAAGGUCAUCGGGAAUCCACGCCCAAAUCUCGAAUUUUUCCAAAAUUCGCGUAAAAUUACAUCCGAUGGAUACUACACCAAAAUCAAUUACAAUUCAAAUGGAAUUGCAACUUUGACUAUACCAAAAGUGUCAAAAGUUGAUCAUGGCGACUAUCGAGUUGUUGCGCAAAACAGCGCUGGAACUGUUGAAUCAUGUGCGAAACUGUCUGUUGUUUCAAAACGUGAUGUACGUCCGACAUUCCAAUCUCAUUUAUCAGACCAACGCGUAAAAGAAGGGGAACCAAUUGAAUUGACCGUUGAAGUUACUGGUAAGCCUCAAAUAGAAUUGCAAUGGCUGCACAAUGGCAAACCAAUAAAUACCAAUGGAGAGAGAUAUCAAUUGGUCUCCGAUUCGGAUACAACGCAUACACUGAAAAUAAAUGACGCAGAACUUUCAGAUGCUGGCGAAUAUAGUCUAAUUGCAACGAACGCGUACGGUUCGCUAACAUCAAGUGCUGCUGUUUCAAUUGUGAAAGAUAAACAAAAAGGUCAAGCACCAGAAUUUUUAAAAUGUUUGGAAGACAUUAAUGCUGAGAUCGGGUCACUUGUUAAGCUGAGCGUUCAGAUUAGCGGAAUUCCCGAACCCAAAAUCAAAUGGUUACACAACGGUGAAGUUGUAGUACCACAGAUCGGAUACAUCCGAUUAUCAGAGUAUCCAGAUGGAACACAUACACUGGCUAUGAACGAUGUGUCACCAAAAACAUCUGGAAAAUACACAGUCGUGGCAACCAAUAAUUUUGGAUCAGUAGAAUCAGUUGGAACAGUAAAUGUAUUUGCAAAACCUGAUAUUAUCAAGGGUUUGAAGGAUAUUGAGGUUGAAGAAAAUUCACAAAUUAAGUUUGAACUUCGAUUUGAAGCAUAUCCCGAACCAACACUCAAAUGGACCCAUGAUGGUGAAGAUAUAAUUCCAGAUGGAAAUUCAAUCGUUGUAACACAAUCGCCAGAUGGAACGGCUACAUUGACAAUUAAUGAGGCCAAAUUGAGUAACGCCGGUGAUUAUCGGGUUGAAAUUUCGUCGAAAAACGUUGCCGGCAAGAAAACGACUCAGGCUCAUUUAUCAGUAACACCAAAGCCACAAGAAGAGCGUGGUGAAGCACCAGUUUUCAUUGUUCCGCUAGAAGAUACUCAGGCUCAUUUGGGUUCGUCAGCUAGAUUUGAGAUUGAAAUUGCUGCCAAACCGGAAGCAACGUUGAAAUGGCUUCACAAAAAUAAACCGAUUGUUCCACAACGUGGUGUGGUACGUAUAACCGAGAAUCCAGACGGAACUACCGUAUUUUAUUUAAAUGCUGUUACGACAGAAAAUGCUGGUCAAUAUCAAGUGAUUGCAACCAAUAAAUUUGGUUCUUGUUCUUCAAAAGCAAUGCUAUCAGUGGUCGCAAAACCAUCAAUUACCGGAGAUUUAAAAGAUCUGGAAGUUCAACAAAAUUCAACUUUGGCUUUGGAUAUAAAAUUCGAAGGAACACCACAGCCAACAAUUAAUUGGUAUCACAAUGGCCAAGAAAUUACACCAGAUGAUCAACAUAAAACUUUAACAGAAGAUAAUGGUAUUGCUGCUCUGAACAUCAAUGAAGCAACAAUAGAUGAUGGUGGUGAAUACCGUAUUGUCUUAAAAAACGAUUUCGGUACAACAUCAUCAAAUGCAUUUGUUUCAGUUAUUUCAAAUGAUAAAGAAAAUAUGCCAGCAUUCAUUAGUGGAUUAUAUAAUCGUAGCGUUGAAAUAGAUCAACCGAUUAAAUUUGACAUCAAAGUUGCUGGAAGCCCUCAGCCAACACUAAAAUUUCUCCACAAUGGCAAAGAAUUUGAAAAUAUACCAAAUGAAAUAAGCAUUAAAGAAGAUCAAGAUGGAACUUGUACAUUGUCAAUUGCCAAUGUAUCUCAAAAUGAUGCUGGCGAAUAUCGAAUAAUUGCAUACAAUUCACAUGGAACGGCUACUACUAAUGCUAUUCUGACAGUUCUUUCGAAGCCAAAAAUUGUGGAUGGUUUGAAAGAUGUUGAUACGGUCGAAGGUUCACCAAUUGUUCUAUCAGUUAAGAUCAAAGCCUAUCCAAGUGCUGAUGUUAGGUGGUACCUCAAUGGAAGUGAAAUCGUACCAGAUGGACGUUUUGUAAAAAUAUCCCAAGGACCAGAUGGCUUAUAUUCACUUGAAAUUCCAAAGGCUGCCAUCAGUGAUAGCGGUGAAUAUGCUGUCGAAUCAAUUAAUGAGCACGGCUCUGAUCUAUCGAAAGCAUUAGUUUCUGUUUCAACGAAAAGUAAUAUCAUUCUUCAGCACGGUGAAAAACCAGAUUUCGAAGAAGGUCUUGAAGAUGCCGAAGUGGAUAUUGGCUCAACAAUGUUAUUUUCUGUUUUUGUUACUGGUGUGCCAAAACCUACUUUAAAAUGGUUGCACAACGGCAAAGAAAUUUUACCCGAGAAGGGACGCAUUAAGAUUUCCGAGAAUCCAGAUGGUUCUGUUGGUCUUACUAUUAGUGAAGCUACAUUUACUGAUGCUGGAGAAUAUCGAGUCAUAGCCAGCAACCAAUCGGGAACUACAGCAAGCGAAGGAUCACUUUCAGUUUUAUCGAAACCAGUUUUCUUAUCUGCACUAAAGGAUCAAUAUCUGAUUGAAGGUGAUACAGCAAAGUUUGAGGCGGUUCUAAUUAAUGGCUCUCCCCAAACACAAAUCGAAUGGUUUUGGAAUGAACAAAUUAUUCAACCAAGUGAUUACAUUAAAAUUGAUCAAUUGCCGAACGGUACAUGUAUUUUGACAGUAGAUAGUGUGUCUCCAGACGACAUUGGCAAAAACAGAAUUAGAAUAGUAGCAACGAAUAAGUACGGAAAGGCAUCAUCAGAUGCAAAUCUCUUAGUAUCACCAAAUACUAGCAAACGAACAAUACGCACUGAAAAACCAACUUUUGUGGAAGAAUUAAGUAAUUUACAAAUUUAUGAGGGUUUUCCUGCUAAAUUUAAUGUAAAGGUUACUGGUAAUCCAGAUCUCAAAUGGUACCGAAAUGACAAAGAAAUACAGAGUAAAAAUGGUGUAGCCCGCAUAUCAUUGAACCCUGAUGGAACCGCUUAUCUUAUUUUGCACGAAGUUUGCCCUAGCGAUCAGGGUAACUUCAAGGUGGUUGCUAUCAACGAACAUGGCAGUGCCGAAAGUUGUGGUGAAUUAAGUGUCUCAGUACUACCCGAAGAAAAAAAUUACGACAAUUUAUUGGCCGCUCGAAAUGAUUCUGAUACUGAAGCUUUACCAGAAAUACUCGCCAAUGACCUUAAAGAUCAAAGUGUAUACGAAUCGACACCAGUUUCAUUUGAAAUAAUUGCUCAAGGCAUACCCAAACUAGAUGUUGAAUGGACGCUCAAUGACAAACCACUUAAGUCCAACGAUCAUUACACCAUUACUGAAGACGGACUACGAUAUAAAUUAUCAAUUGCCGAUGUUAAACUUACAGAUGCUGGAACAUUUAAAGUAGUGGUAAAGAAUAAACUUGGCGAACUAUCCAAACAAUGCGAUUUGAGCGUGAUGCCUGUUGCUGAGUAUCGUAAACCAAUUUUAAUUGAACCAUUGAAAGACGUUCAAUCUCUUAAGAAUGCGCCAGUUGAGCUUGCUGCUAUCAUUACAGCUGAUCCGUUACCGGAAAUAACAUGGCUAAAAUAUGGUGAAAAAUUCGAAGAAUCAUUGGACGUUCAGUUUAAGCAAGAAGUUAAAGAACUUGAGCAUGGACUGAAAAAAGUUAAAUACUAUUUGUAUUUCCCUGCUGGUCGUCAUUGUGAUACUGGCAGUUAUACACUUUUG